AUGCCCGCCGCCGCCGCCGCCGCCUCAAUCCCGAUCGAAAUCCAAGUCGCCCCCGUCCUCUCCACCCCCGACACCCACGUCUUCGAAGACCCGUCCACCCCGCCGCCGCAUUCCACCGACGAUGAGCGGUUACCGCCAUUGACCGACGCCCAGCUCGCCGCCACGUACGAGGUCGAGCGCACCGUGCGCACCAUCCGCGCCGCCCGCUGGAAGCGCGUCGCGCUGCAGUUCCCCGACCGCAUGUUGGCGGAUGCGCCGAGGGUGUAUGCGGCGCUGGGGAGGGGGCUGGCGGGGGCGCGGAGGGCGCGGAGGGAGGAGGAGGAGGAGGGGCGGCGGGUGAGCGGGGAUGUGGGCGCGGAUGUGGAUGUGGAUGUGGAUGGUGCGGCGGAGGGGUUGGCGGGAGUGGAUAUUGGUGGUGCGGCGGAGGGCCGGCGGGGAGGAGCAGCACCUGCGGUGGGGGAGGUCGAGAAGGAGGAGGAGGAGGAGCAGCUUUAUAUUCUGGGAGACACGUCGUACGGGGCUUGCUGCGUGGAUGAGGUUGCGGCGGAGCAUGUGGAUGCGGAGGUGGUGGUGCACUAUGGGCGGGCGUGUUUGUCGCCGACGGCGCGGCUGCCGGUCGUGUAUGUGUUUACGACGAGGCCGUUGGAGCUGGACCCCGUGGUGGAGGUGUUUACGAAGACGUAUCCCGCGAGGGAUGCCAAGGUCGUGCUGAUGGCGGACAUUCCGUAUGCGAAUCACCUCACGGCGCUGUGCGAGAGACUGCGGACAGAGGAGGGGUACUCGGCCCUGUUUCUUACGGAGAUUGUUCACGACCCGUCCUCGCCAUUGCCGAACAGGAGCGUGCCGGACGACGUCAAGGGAGACCAAGCGGCGCUCAGAGACUAUCAGCUAUUCCAUGUGUCGGACCCGCCGACUUCGCUGCUCCUCACGUUGUCGUCCCGCGUCGGCGCCAUACAUAUAUACCCGACGGACACGCCCGACAAGCCGACAGAAGCGCUGCUCGCGUCGUCGGCGCAGACGCUACGGCGUCGCUACGGCCUUCUCACACGGCUCAGCGUCGAGCCCGUCUUCGGCAUCCUGAUCAACACGCUCUCGGUCAAGAACUACCUGCACGUUGUGGAUCACGUCAAGGAGAUGAUUGCAGCGGCGGGGAAAAAGAGCUACACGUUUGUGGUGGGCAAGAUCAAUGCGGCCAAGGUGGCCAAUUUCUCCGAAGUCGGCGGCUGGGUCGUCAUUGGGUGCUGGGAGAGCAGUUUGAUCGAGAGCAAGGAUUUUUGGAAACCCAUCAUCACGCCGUUCGAGCUGCAGCUCACGCUACAGGAUGACGCGCAGCGCGUGUGGACGGGGGAGUGGACGGGCGAUUUCCAGGCAGUGCUCAAAGCGAGGGCGGACGAGGCGCAGGUGGCGGCGGAUGAGGGGCAGGGUGACGGCGAGACGGGCGACGCCGCGGCGGGAGAGGAGGGGUGGGAUUCUGAAGAGGAAUCGGCACCGCCAGAGUUCGACCUCCGCACCGGGCGCUAUGUCUCACACGCGCGGCCAAUGCGUGCGACGGCGGCGGCGAGCGAGCGGAAGGGCGCUGCGCAGAUCAACGGAGCCAGCGCGGCGCCAGGAGCUGGCGGGCGGUCCCUUAUCAAGCGUGCCAACGGCCAUGUCGCGCAGAUUGGUGGCGUGUCGUCGCCGGGUGCCGAGUUCCUGCGGAGCCAGCGGACGUGGCAGGGGCUGGGCAGCGACUUCGAUACGCAGGCGGACGGCGAGGCGGGCGGAGAGGGGGCGCAAAGGGGGGCGCGGGUUGAGGAGGGCAGAGGCGGGCUGGCGAGGGGAUAUGUUGUUGGGGACGGUGCGGAGAUUAGCGUGCAGGUAGAUGCUGGUGUGAAUGUCUUGUCUGCUGUGCGCGCAGCCGGCGUCGGCGGCAUCAGUGCCCCCUUGGAGUGUGCUCUUAGUCCAUCCAAGUCUGGAUGCAGCGGGCCGGGGAGGCUUGGUAGAACCAUAGGGCGCGUGCGACGACGCAAAUCACCACAGAACACGCCGACCUGCAGCACCACCGCCCACAAGGAGUCGCCUUGCCCUCGCCCUCCCAGCCUACAUGCCCGCCUGAGCAUCUGCACCCCGCCGCCGCCUCUGCGACGAGAGGACCCUUUCCGCCCGCCUGACGCCGUGCAGCUCGCCGCCGACAUGGAGGCCCUCACACUUCCCGUCGCCUCACCGUCAAACCUCUUCGGCGCGCCCUCACACGACCAACCCACGAGUGCCGUAGCCGUCAUGCCCUCCGCCACCGGCCUGUCAUCCGCCCUCCGCCCGCCCGCCCCCAAGAGCCGUUUCGAGACCGUCCUGACGACCCAUCCGACCGUCGCCGAAAGCCUCCUGGCCUCGCUGCCCACGCGUUCGCUCAUCGACCUGUUCCACACCUCGCGCCACCUGCGACGCUUCCUGGCCGAGUACCCGCUGGCAUGGCGGACGCUGAGCUUCCGCGCCCCCCAGCCCGCCCUGGGCGUCAACAACCCGGACGGCGAUGCGCUCGACGGGCCGGGGCGCAACGCCAAGCAGUACGCCCUGGACGCGCUGCUGAUACAGGUGGUGGUGCCGUUCGGCACCCGGCUGACGAGCCUGGACCUCUGCAACACGGCCGUGUCGGGCGUGCGCCUGGUGUCGCGGGUGCUAGAGCCGCGCGUGCACACGCUGCAGCACCUGAGCGUGCGCGGCUGCAAGAACGUCUCGAUCAAGUACCAUCUGGUGCCCUUCCUGGAGCCGUACGUGCACCCGGGCAGCCCGUGGGCCAAGUCGAGCGAGCUGGCCCUCCGCAGCCUGUACACGUACCGCUGCCGCCACCAUCGCCGCCGCCCGUACCUGCCCUCGUCCCUGAUGCGCCGCGACUCGGACUCGGAGCCCACCCACCAGCUCAUCGAAAUAUGCCACCAGCUCGACAUCUGGACGGAUACCAUGUGGUGCACCACCCCCGGCGGCCGUUGCUUCCGGAGAAAAGACUAUUAUUCCGGCCGCGCUGCGCCGGGCACGAACGAGGUUUGGGUGCCGUUCGACAGGCUGUGGCGCUCGGGAAACAGGAUAGGACCGCCGGACUCGGACAACCCGCCCGCUCGCUCCGACGGAAGGAUGUGGGAGGAUGCGGAGAGUGGACACGAUGGGGAGCCGCUCGGCACGAGCACUGGAUGGCCGCAUAGGGGAGAAGGAAAGGACCUGCCGGCACACCUUCGGAGAAGCCAUCGGAUCUUCGUGGAGGACGUCAAGUGCGACCAGUGCGGCGACGCCGUCCUGGAGAGAUGCGAGCAGUGCAGCAUUCGGAUGCACUGCAUGGGCUGCAGGAAGACGCUGUGCGCGAGCUGUGCGUUCAACAGGCCAAUUCCGCGGAAGAGGAAAAGGACGAACCGCGCCUUCACGAACCAGGCGUUUGGAACCAUGAGCAAUUUCGGAGUGAUGAUGUCGAAUGCCAGCGCCGCUCAGUCCAGCUCGCAGCAGGCCGCCACGGCGGAAGAAGAAGAGAAGAAGAUGAGCAACCGGUUCUGGUGGGCACCUGGCGCGACGAGAUCCCCGAAUUUGAUGACCGAACUUACCUCCGACGACGAUGCCUCUGAUUCCGACGAUGCUGGACCGCUCCAUGGAGGGAAUCCGCUAGCCGUCAUGAAUGUGACAACUCCGCCCAAGCUCAACAUGAGUUGGUGCUGCGUGGAACCGGUAUUCUCUGGAGGCGGAGGAAUAGUGGUAUUGGGACCAGGCGUAGGCGGUAAAGGAGCCGACAGAAUACGCGCCACGCCGCUGCCAAAGGGCCAACAGUUCGAGGAUGCAGAUUUCAUUUCGGUUCUGCGAUCACCAGAACUGAUACGGGAACUCAAGAACGCCACCCUUUACGAGCACGUACUGGGGGAGCACGUGGACAUUGUGCCGUAUCUUCAGCAAGAGCACUUGGACCUUCAGGCAUCGACAUGCCCGCGCAGUUUGUGCACAGACUGCUACCGCACGUUCCGGUGGAAGGUCGCCUGCAAAACGUGCAAAAGGCCGCUGUGCAAGGAGCAUGACUUCCGAGGCCUGAAAGUGCGAAAGUGUGGAUUCCGAGAUUUGCAAAUCGAGCGGGAAUACUUGAGGGCGCACACUCCGACAGCAAUGCCGGUCUCGUACCCUGACCUGCACAUACCAGCAUACGUGCCACCGAGCCAGCGUGCAGACAUGUCUAGUGCAAUGGAGGCCCAAGAUUCGACCGAUUCGUACUCUUCUUCCAACCCGGACCUUCGGAGCAUAACGAAGUCGUUCCUGUUUACUUCGAAUCCCAACGAGGACGAGUCCGACAUGUCGAACUCUAUUCCUGCCUUGAAAAAUCUAGUAGAGGGGGCUUCUUCCAACGUUCCGUUCUCCUCGCGCCCCCGUGCGCUCAGCGCUUCUGAAAACCGCUCGCCGCGCUCGUUAUCACCGUGGGCUAAGGGCAAAGCACCCAAUGACGCUCAGCAGUAUGCGUUGGGAAAGAGAAUUGCGGAAUUGGAACGAGCGCGCAUGAGGCUGCCUUUGCCCGGCACACCACGCCACCCGGUGCAAUGGCGAGGCUGUGGCGCGUACUUCUGCCAGCAGCUUCGGCCAGUUGGUGAUUCCCGACCGCGGUGCAAUGCGGGCAUGAGGGAAUGCGGCGAUUGUGGCGUUUUGGUCUGCGAUGGCUGCUUGAACGUCAACCCUGCUUGUUCGUGCGCAUAUUGCUCCACCCACUACCAUUGCCCGGUCUGCUCGACGAAACCUCGAGUCCAGACGCUAUGCCGCCGCGAUGCCGAGCGCCAAGCCGCCCGUUUCAAAGAAUUGGCCGAAGCGGAGCGUCGUGCUAAGGAAGCUGAGGCUCUUGUCAGGGCUGACGAAAUGGCAUUGGCUGUAGGAGAGUUCUUCCGAGACUUCUUCGAUGUCGGCGGGCCUUCUCCCGGGCAGAGUGAGUUCUUGGUCGAAGAAACAGCAACGUCCGAAUUCGAGGGUGAAGGGGUUCGUCAUAUCGAAGUCGCUAGCCCAGCACCGCAGCCAACAUCAGCACCCUCGAUGACGCCCUUUUUGACCCAGGCCCAGAGCCAGUAUCCACACUUGUUCCCCGAGGAAGAGCCCCGUGCUGAGAGCUCCGCGAUGGGCGCCGCUUCUGGUGAUGCCAUGGACGGCAAGGCCGUGGUGGAGGCGAUUUUAUCGGCACAGAACCAGGAUAUUCCAGCUCCGACCGCUAGAGCAUCCCCAGAUCUCGCCGACGACGCACAGGCUGGGGGCCAGCAAACCGCCAUGACUGAGAACAGCGCUGAGCAUGCAACUCCCAGCCCAGGCCAGACGGAAACGCAUGAUGCUCGGGAAGCUGAGAACACGGGGGACGAAAGCUCUAAUAAUGGCAACGACAACAUUAGCGAUGCCGAGGCUGGUGCUGAGGACAACGACUCGUCGUCCCACAUGUCGGCUGGAGCAUCUGCCGAGGUGUCUGUCGAAGCCUAG